GGAGAAGAGGAAGAAAGGUGAAGGCGCGGGUCCCGCCGCCCCCGCGCCUUGGCGUAGGCGGGGGUGAGGCCCCCCGGGGAGCGGGGUUCGUUUCAGUUCGGGGCGGGGCAAGUGCAGAAUCGAGGGCUCGCCCACCUCAGCUCUGCCUCAGCCUCACCCACCCCGCGGGCUGCCUGGGGCGGGACCCGGCCGCCUGGGACCGGGCCUCGGCGUCGGGACGCCCAUUCUUUUCCGGAGCGAGGGGCGAGCAGUUGAAAAUCCACUUGAACCGUCCACUCCUGUGCGUUAGGCUGUGAGGGAGGAGCCCUUCCUGCCGGCGUGGAAACCAUGGUGCUCACGCUCGGGGAAAGUUGGCCGGUUCUGGUGGGGAAGCGAUUCCUUAGUCUGUCCGCGGCCGACGGCGGCGGCGACGACAGCUGGGACGUGGAGCGCGUCGCCGAGUGGCCCUGGGUGUCCGGGACCAUCCGCGCCGUCUCGCACACCGACGUGACGAAGAAGGAUCUGAAGGUAUGUGUGGAAUUUGAUGGGGAAUCUUGGAGGAAGAGAAGAUGGCUGGAAGUCUACAGCCUACAAAGGAGAGCAUUCUUAGUAGAGCAUCAUUUGGUUUUGGCUGAACGAAAGUUGCCUGAAAUUUCUGAACGAAUUGUUCAGUGGCCCGCAAUAAUGUAUAAAUCUCUAUUGGACAAAGCUGGUUUGGGAUCUAUAACUUCUGUUCGCUUCCUAGGAGAUCAACAAAGCGUAUUUCUUUCCAAAGACCUUUUGAAGCCUAUACAGGAUAUAAACAAUCUUCGGCUUUCCCUUACCGAUAAUCAGAAAGUCAGUAAGGAAUUUCAAGCCCUGAUUGUGAAGCAUUUAGAUGAAAGCCAUCUGUUACAAGGUGACAAAAACUUAGUUGGUUCAGAAGUAAAAAUUUAUAGCUUGGACCCAUCUACUCAGUGGUUUUCAGCAACGGUUGUAAAUGGAAACCCAACAUCAAAAACCCUUCAAGUCAACUGUGAGGAGAUCCCAGCACUGAAAAUUGUUGAUCCAUCACUGAUUCAUGUUGAAGUUGUACAUGAAAACUUUGUGACAUGUGGUAAUCCUACAAGAAUGGGAGGUGUAAAACGGAAGUCUUCUGAGAACAAUGGAAGCUUGGUUUCCAAACAGUCCAAGUCUUCCUCUGAGGCUUCCCCCAGUGUGUGUCCUGUGCAGUCUGUUCCCACAGCAGUGUUUAAGGAGAUCCUGCUUGGCUGUACUGCAGCAACGCCACCAAGUAAGGACCCGAGGCAGCAGAGCACUCCCCAGGCUGCCAAUUCUCCACCUAACCUCGGAGCAAAAAUUCCUCAAGGCUGCCAUAAGCAGAGUUUACCAGAAGAACUUGCAUCCUGUCUAAACACAAAGCCUGAAAUACUGAGAAUAAAACCAGAUGUCUGCAAAGCGGGGUUGCUGUCUUCAAAGUCUUCUCAGGUUGGAACUGGAGACUUAAAAAUUCUGAGUGAACCCAAAAGUGGUUGUACCCAGCCUAAGACAAACAGUGAUCAGGAAAAAAGAUUGGAAUCUAUUCCACAACCAUUGACUGGCCUUGCUAAGGAGAGCUUACCUAUGAAGACUUCUAAGGCGCAGCUGGAAAUUGCCAGUACUCCUGAACUGCAAAAGCACCUAGAACAUGCACCUUCCACAUCUGACGUUCUUUCCAAUAAGCCAGAAGUGAAAGCAGGUGUUAAUAGUGCUAGCACUUGUUCAGGAAACAAGGUGGAGUCUUCAACUUUAGGUUGCCAGCCACAGAAUUUAAAGGAAACUUCAGUGAAACUAGACAAUGAAAGCUGUAGUACAAGAAGCAACAAUAAAAUCCAGAAUGCCCCAGCCCGGAAGUCGGUUUUAACAGACCCUGCGAAACUCAGGAAGCUGCAGCAGAGUGGCGAGGCCUUUGUACAGGACGAUUCCUGUGUGAACAUCAUAGCACAGCUGCCCAAGUGCCGGGAAUGUCGCUUGGACAGUCUGCGCAAGGACAAGGAGCAGCAGAAGGACUCACCAGUGUUCUGUCGCUUCUUUCACUUCCGGAGGUUACAGUUCAAUAAACAUGGUGUGUUGCGGGUAGAAGGCUUCUUAACACCAAACAAAUAUGACAGUGAAGCAAUUGGCUUGUGGCUGCCUUUGACUAAAAAUGUUGUGGGCACUGAUUUGGACACAGCGAAGUAUAUCUUGGCCAACAUUGGAGACCACUUCUGUCAAAUGGUGAUUUCUGAAAAGGAAGCUAUGUCAACUAUUGAGCCACACAGACAGGUUGCUUGGAAGCGGGCUGUCAAAGGUGUUCGAGAAAUGUGUGACGUGUGUGACACCACCAUCUUCAACCUGCACUGGGUGUGCCCGCGGUGUGGGUUUGGGGUGUGUGUGGAUUGCUACCGCAUGAAGAGGAAGAACUGCCAGCAGGGUGCCGCCUACAAGACCUUCUCUUGGCUAAGAUGUGUGAAGAGUCAGAUACACGAGCCGGAGAACCUCAUGCCUACACAGAUCAUUCCUGGCAAAGCCCUCUAUGAUGUUGGAGACAUUGUUCAUUCAGUAAGAGUGAAGUGGGGAAUAAAGGCAAAUUGUCCUUGUUCAAACAGACAGUUCAAACUCUUUUCAAAGCCACCCUCAAAGGAAGACUUGAAACAGACCUCCUCAGCAGGAGAAAAACCAACCUUCAGUGCCGGACUCCAGCAAAGUCCCCCUGCGUUGGAGCCAGCAGCUGUGGGUGAGGAAGCAGCCUCUAAAGCAGCCGCCAACACAAAACCUGCCUGUCCCGCCAGCUCGGCGCCUUUGAACUGGCUGGCUGACCUGACCAGUGGGACCGUCAACAAGGAGAACAAGGAAAAACAGCCAGUGAUGCCAACUUUAAAGAACGAAGUCAGAUGCCUUCCUCCUCUUCCCCCUCUGAGCAAACCCAGCACAGUGCUCCACACCUUCAACAGCACAAUUUUGACACCUGUGAGCAACAACAAUUCUGGUUUCCUCCGAAACCUCUUGAAUUCUUCUGCGGGAAAGACAGAAAAUGGACUCAAGAAUACACCAAAAAUCCUUGAUGACAUCUUUGCCUCUUUGGUGCAAAACAAGACAUCCUCUGAUUUAUCUAAGAGGCCUCAAGGACUGACCAUCAAGCCCAGCAUUCUGGGCUUUGACACUCCUCACUACUGGCUGUGUGAUAACCGCUUGUUGUGUUUGCAAGAUCCCAACAACAAGAGCAACUGGAACGUGUUCAGGGAAUGCUGGAAACAAGGGCAGCCAGUGAUGGUGUCAGGAGUGCACCAUAAAUUGAACACUGAACUUUGGAAACCCGAGUCCUUCCGGAAAGAGUUUGGUGAACAGGAAGUUGACCUGGUUAAUUGUCGGACCAAUGAAAUCAUCACAGGAGCCACUGUUGGGGACUUCUGGGAUGGAUUUGAAGAUGUGCCCAAUCGUCUAAAAAAUGACAAAGAACCAAUGGUGUUAAAACUUAAGGACUGGCCACCAGGAGAAGAUUUUAGAGAUAUGAUGCCUUCCAGAUUUGAUGACCUGAUGGCUAACAUCCCGCUGCCUGAGUACACGAGGCGAGAUGGCAAACUGAACUUGGCCUCUAAACUGCCAAGCUACUUUGUUCGGCCAGAUCUCGGUCCUAAGAUGUAUAAUGCUUACGGAUUAAUUACUCCAGAAGAUCGGAAGUAUGGGACCACAAAUCUUCAUUUAGAUGUGUCUGACGCAGCUAACGUCAUGGUGUAUGUGGGAAUUCCCAAAGGACAGUGUGAGCAAGAGGAAGAAGUCCUUAGAACCAUCCAAGAUGGCGAUUCUGAUGAACUCACAAUAAAGCGAUUUAUUGAAGGAAAAGAGAAGCCAGGAGCCCUUUGGCACAUAUACGCGGCUAAAGACACAGAGAAGAUAAGAGAAUUCCUUAAAAAGGUAUCAGAAGAGCAAGGUCAGGAAAACCCAGCAGACCAUGACCCUAUUCACGAUCAGAGCUGGUAUUUAGACCGAGCACUGAGGAAGCGUCUGCAUCAGGAGUACGGAGUUCAAGGCUGGGCUAUUGUACAGUUUCUUGGGGAUGUGGUGUUUAUCCCGGCAGGAGCUCCACACCAGGUUCAUAAUUUAUACAGCUGUAUCAAAGUGGCUGAAGACUUUGUGUCUCCGGAGCAUGUAAAACACUGCUUCUGGCUUACUCAGGAAUUCCGUUAUCUGUCACAGACUCAUACCAAUCAUGAGGAUAAAUUGCAGGUGAAGAAUGUUAUCUACCAUGCAGUAAAAGAUGCAGUUGCUAUGCUGAAAGCCAGUGAAUCGAGUUUCAGCAGACCUUAAUCCCCGCACAUUGGAAGUGAAUUGUCGGCAGCUGUUCAAACUCUUCAGGCAGGAUUCCUGUGGACUUUGAGAUUUCAUGUUACCUCAUCUUCUUUUUUAAAAUAUACCCGACCUGUGAGGGUACUCUGUCUAAUGUAUAUUUCUAGUGUUUACAGACACUAAAUGUGUAUAUGUAGUAACUAUUUACCGAAACGCAUCCUUAAACUGUGACUUCUCACCCAGUGCAGAUCUUUUACCAAGCUGUAAAAACAAAACCUCAUAUCAGCUCUGGAACAGUACUGCAGUUAUUCCCCAGCUGUUUGUUUGUACAGUUUAGUCAGAUGAGUUUCUAGCUGUUAGGAAUCACUGCGCAGUUGAUUUGGGUUUUGUUCUGUCUGUCUCUGUGCCCUCCCCACACCCACUUGGGCCCGAAGAGCAGUGGAGGAAGUGACAGCUAAAGGUGCAGUUCUCGUGUACUGCAUAGAACUGGCAUUCUAUAGCGGAAAUCAGCUACUGUACAUUCUUGGGGUUAACCAUCUUUAGUUAAAUGGAAUUUUAAUUUAAAAGAAGCUUUGCUAAUUUUAAGUGUAAGCAUUUUGCAUUAAAAUAUUCAUAUAAUA